GUCCGUGUGACUGUGGGAUUUGUAGUUUUUUUUUCACCACCUAACAACGACACCGGAAGUAUUUUGAGCGUACGUAAGCUAGGUCACAUUGGUUCAGUUUAGCAAUAUUUUGAGAAACAUCCUCAUAAUGGAGGCAGCUAACGCAGAGGAGAUCCACCUUAGGCAUGUGGAAACAGAUGUCCUAAUCCCCAAGAUGAUGAGGGAGAAAGCCAAGGAGCGCUGUGCUGAAAAAGUUGAAGCCUUCAACUACUGCUGUAAAGAAUCUGGUUUCUUCAUGGUGUUUAAGUGUCGAGAGGAGAAUGCAGCACUGAAGGAAUGUCUGACAAUACACUACAAGGACCCAGAGUUCUUCGAGCUGUGUAAGAAGGAGUACAUCCAAGAGAAAGUGGAGUUUGAGAGGACAGGGAUCCCAACAAAGAACAGGAAACAAAAACUCCCAACUAGCAUGUAAUGAACAACAUCACACCCAAACAACUUCUCUCCUUUUGAAGGUGUGGAGUGUGAGGCUCUGGCCAGAACCAGCACCAAGCCCUGCACACCCAGGAUACAUGGUCAUCUGGCAGGGUUCAUUACUCUUUAAGGCAUAUUUUAUCUAAAUAUGUGGAAUUAAUGACUGAAACUACUUUGGUGUGCAACAGUGGUUUAUAAUCAAAAUGAUGCCUAGUUCUUUAUAUUUGCAAAGUGUUCUCUAUUAGAUGGCCAGAAUUAUCUUCCUAACUUGAAUGAAUCAGCAGCAUUUACAUUUACCAAUGAGCUUAUUGAUUGAUAGAAUAUACAGAAAGAUCUGAUCAUGUUACAUGCAUCUUCUGUACCUAAACCUGGAAGAUCUUCAUUAGAGCGCAGCGCUUCAGCUUUGGAGGUGUGAAUAAAUUGAGGGAUGCUUGAUAUUUGCUGAACACUUUGUAUAGGGUUUAUACUGUACAUGUAUACUGACAGCACGAGUGGUAACGAAGAGUCUUGCUUGCUUGUUGCCUUUGCCUGGACUUACAGCUUUGUAAAUCGCCUGCAGAAGAAAGUCUAUAUUAACACACAAUGAAUUUCAAAAAGACUUGGAAAUUAAACACUUGUACAGUGUAUGCAAGAGACCUCCAACUAUCUACCCAAGCAAUGAACAUGUGUGACAUGCAAUGAAAUGUGACAUUGUAAAUAAAAAAAUAUUCAGUAGCAAUAAAGUGUAUAUCAGUGGUAAAUUAGACAAAACAUGAAAUGUUCAUGAAUGCAUUUUGUUCCAGAUAAACAUUUAAUUCCUCUGUUUUAUUCUGUCAAACAUGAAUUAUGUGUAUUUCAUAGAGGUUUGGACAUUCUUUACUGUUGAAAAAUGUCAGCAAUAGUACUGACAUUCAGGUAUGCCUGCAGUGCACUCUGUACUUCAGAUCGAUAUCAAUUCAGUGCUUCAAAAGUAGCUAGCAAUUUCUAAACAUUUUCUGAUUAAAUUGGUUGCCCUUAUUGAUUUUUAAUUAGUACAGCUUUGGUUAAAAGUGUUUCAAUUUCUUUGUAUUUUGAUAUUAGUAUUAGAGUAGAGCAUCAGCCUCAUAGUCAGACCGCACUAACAGAGCAGUCUAGAGCUAAAUUAAUUUAAUAAGGAUAUAGAAGGGUCGGAUUAUUUUAUUUAAGCAGUUGUGUUUAUUUUUUUAGGAAAAACAGUUGGAAAAAUAAAAAUCAAUUUUGGGUCAUUUGCUGUUCCAUUAUAACCUUACCUUUUCGUCUUCAUUGUGCUUUCACAUGAGGCGGACUGUUCAGGCCAUCUCAUGUUCUUUGUUCUAUACCUGUACUUCCAAGGAUCAAAGAUGGCACAUUAUGUCAGUGAGUUACUGUAAUGGGGUAUCAUUGUUGUACAUAAUAUAAAGUUAUCUCCUGGUUCUUUGAA